GUCGCUGUCCCCGGCAGGCUCGCUUCCGACCCGUCCCCACAUCCUUAUCGUGAGGCGCUACCCCACAUUCCCCGCCAGCGCCCCGCUUUCAGGGCCCACAUUGCAAUGCCGAAGCUCAACCGAUUACUAGGUGGAGACUACUACGCGCUUUCUCGCUCGUAGAAAAGGGCGGGAAAGACGCCACGAUGUUCGAUUGAAAUCCUCCGCAUCGCACCUCUCUCCAGACAGCCAGAAACCGCACGAAAAUGUCCUCCAUCCCCGUAGACGACACGAUUUUUUCCGCCGUCGCGGGCAAAAACGUCAUAAUAACCGGCGGCAGCACGGGUAUCGGCGAGGCAACCGUCCGACUCCUUCACGAAAACGGCGCGACCGUAACGAUCGGCGACGUCAACGACGCGGCGGGCAGCGCGCUCGCCGCGUCUUUUCCCGAGCGCGUCGUGUACGUGCACUGCGACGUGACGAGCUGGGAUUCCCUCGUGGCGCUGUUCGCGGCGGCCGCCGCACACGGGCCGAUCGACAUCGUGUACUCGAACGCGGGGGUGACAGGCCGCGAACAGCUUCUCGAGAGCACGUACGACGAAGAGAGCGGCGCGCUGCUGCCCCCAACCUUUCCCGACCUCGCCGUCAACCUCACCGCGGGACUGAUGAUCACAAAGCUCGCCGUCCACGAGUUCCGGAAGCGCGGCUACGGCCGCAUCGUCUACACCGGCUCUGCCGCGUCGAUGCUCGAUACCCCGCCGUUCCUGAACUACUGCGCUGCCAAGCAUGGUGUGCUCGGCCUGAUGCGCGGAUUGCGCCCGACGGUCGGCGAGUGGGGCGAUAUCACCGUCAACCUCAUCGCGCCGUGGUUCACGAUGACGCCGAUGGCGGCGAGGCUCGGCCCGAAGUGGGGGGCGCGCCCGGCGAAUACCGCGGAGGGUGUGGCUAAGGCGAUGCUGUUCGCUGCGGUCGGGAAGGAGUGGCGCGAGGGCGGCGUGAGCGGCGACCAGAAGAUCGGAUCGCCCGUGAAUGGCUGCACCUUCUGGGUCGGCGGGAAUGAGAUCGUGGAGUUUGAGGGGCCGCUCAGGCAGGCUAGACCCCACUGGAUGGGCGAGAAGCUGGCCGUCGCGGUGGCGGAUGGUCAGAUAGCUCUGGGAGGAUGGUAGGGAAUCGGGUUACCGUUACGAAUUGGAUGUUGGUCAUGUACAUGAAUAGAAACCACGUUCCCAUAAUACAUACAUAAUGCCUUG